CCUUGCAUCCGCCGCGUAUAUAUAGCCCUCUCGGCUCCACAGACGGGGCUAUGGAGCGCCCGUCUCGCGCCGCGCCGGCCUCCGCUUUGAAACGCUUCGGCGCUCUUUAGCCAGGACCACCACUCCGUGACGUCAUCCUGCCUGCCUUGACGAUGCGCGCCGUCCUCUCCCUCCUUUGGCCGCUGCUCUGGAGCUCAGCGUACCAACAUGCUGCUGGAUUAGAGCUAAAUGUGACUGAACAACAGCAAGAUAUGUCCAUCCUGAGGACUUCCAACAUAUCUGCAACUGAGAUGGUUUCAUCUGGAGUUGACUUUGAAGAGGAAGAUGUAAAGGAAGUUAGGGCACCACACUUGCUUGUUGGUGACUCAGACAGAGAAGAAUUGGAACUGAAGAAACCAAUGAAACCAGAAGGUGGAAAAAAGAACCCCAGCAAACAAAAAAGAAAAGGAAAUAAAGAUAAGAAGCAUAAAAAUAAAACUAGAACUCCAUGUGAAGGAGAAUUUAGAAAUUUCUGUGUUCAUGGUGAAUGCAAAUAUAUUGAAAAUGUCCAAACAGUCAGAUGCAAGUGCCUUCCAGAUUACUUUGGUGAGCGUUGUGUUGAACAGUUUUUGAAGACACAUAGGAGUGAUAUUGAAGCACCAAAUAAAUCAUCUGAAGUACUUGGGUCCAUUUUGGGAGCCGUUUUUGGGCUUACAGUCCUUAGUUUUGUCAUCAUUGUCAUCAUUAUCAUAGUGCGAAAAAGAUGUUCUAAAUAUGAUGAAAAAGAGGAGAGGAAAAAGCUCCGACAUGAAAAUGCAAGUUCCAGCAAUGGAGUUUAAAGAGAAGAAGAGGUGAUGAACAAGCUAUUGCCGAAGCACAUUUUAUUCCAUGGAGGCACAUGUGGAAGAACGUGAGACUGAGAUCUUGUUUGCCCCAACAUGGAAGAGAAUACAGAGAGGGAUUUUGCAUUCCCAUCUACUGCCAAUGGAUGUAGAACAUGCCACUGCACUUUCAGGAAGUAACACCUGUAAUUCUCAUAGCCACCGAGGAGCUUUGGAACACUGGAAAGUCUAUCGAAUGCUUAUUGCCUUUGCAGACUUCCCUUUUUGCAUGUACAUCUGUCAUCAGAGACUUGUUUACUGAGAGGGUUGACAAAGAAGUGUGUGUGUGUGACAGAGAAAAAGUGUGUGUGUGUCAAAGAGAAUGUAUGUCUGAUAAAGAUGAGGAAAGAGAAGAUUUUAGGAGAUGCUCAUGGUUGCACAGAGGUUUUUAAUUAAAAAAAACCUGACUUCCACACACCCUGAAAGGAGAAAGAAAGAAAGAAGGCUUUGAUUAAGUCUCUCACACUGCUUAAAGAACUGGGACAAAUGGCAUAGGGUGUGCCUCCCUUCUCCCACACCUCCACCUCUGUCAACUGGAGGUUUCCCACUGGCUGUGUGAAAAGGCAGCAGGCCAGGAGCGUCAUUACUCACUACAGUCUACUUUUUAUACCGGACAUCCCAUUUGAAGAUACGUGUGCAAUUGUAGCAUUUCUCAAGGUUUCUGCUGCUAUAAUUUUUAAACAUGUAUGUUGGAAGAUACAAUAGAUUAUUUUAAAGACUGACAGAUUGCAUCCAAUCGUGAAAGAUUAGUUGCUUUAUGGUAAUUUUGUGCUUUUGGGAGUAUAUUCUACUGCCCAUUAUCUACAAUGAAUGAAUACAAGAUGGAUUUAUUGCCUUAGGAUUCUGAAGCUGAGGUGGAAGUAGAAACCUGAUGUCUUAUGAGCAGAUAUAUUAGGGCAGUGAUGGGCAACCUGUUGAGCUUGAUGUGGUAAGAUUUGCCAAAAACCUGAGCAUAACUUAGGUGGAGUGUCACUUCAAGAAAAAAACCAUAAUUUUGCAAUAUUUAUAGUUUAAAUAAGAAAAAUGUAUAAUUCAUGCUGAGUUAUGGAGUGAACAAUGCUCAAACAUGCAUAUGUUAAAUUUGUAGAGCCUUUUCCAAAUUUAAGGAUGGAAUUAGAUUGGCUCUUAUAAGGUGUAUUUCUCUGUAUGUGGCCACAUGUGCCUUCGUGUCAUCAAAAAUAGCCAUGCAUGUCAGUGCUGACACGCAUGUCAUAGGUUCACCAUCACGGUAUUAGGGUGUUCAAGAUACACAGCUGUAGAAUAAUAGUGUUAAAAGUCCAUACUAAAGUCCUUAUCAAAUUGGAGACUACUCUGGAUUUAAGUAGAUUGGACAAUGAGCUCUACAUUGGCAUUCAGUUAUUCAAGAAACUCUUAGAAAAAUAUUGAGUAAAAACAUCCUCAUUUUGACUCCUCAGUUUACUCAUGAUCUCUCUAUUGAAUAGCAGAGUCCUCUGCUAUCUCGGAGAAAAUAUAUUUGGGCCAAUAUUCUGGGAGCUGUUUCGUCUUAGUAUGCAUUCAUCCAUAUAGAAAUUGUCUCGGGGCAGGUUCCUAGUAAAAGAUGCCCAAUUACAACAAAGGUAGUCCACUCUGUUUCACAGUCAAAAUGAAAUGAGAGAUCAAUAUGAUAAUCAGCAACUUUAGUGUGAUUUUGAAAAAAAAUGUAAACGUUCCUAGGAAUUCUUGUUGAAGUGCAGUAUAAGAUAACGUAAAUUCAAUGUGUUGUUGAAGGCUUUCAUAGCCAAAAUCCUUGGGUUGGUGUGAAUUUUUCAGGCUGGAUUGCCAUGUUCCAGUAGCAUUCUCUCCUGGAAUGUCUGAAAUAGAGGAUGCCGACAAGCAACAAAGGCCAGGCUACCUCUAUACAGAUACUCUCACUGAUUGACUUUGCAGCUUCAUGGCUAUUUAAUACUAUUCAAGCAUACUAAUUGCAACGUUCAUACUUGCUUUAAACAGACAUGGGUUCUUUCUCCCA